GGCUUGAAAGGGAGAAAAAGCAAACAGUGGACUGUGUGAGGCUGGUCCUGAUUGGGAAGACUGGAGUUGGAAAGAGUCCAACAGGAAACACCAUCCUCGGAAAGAAGGAAUUCUUAUCCUCUGCUUUAAUGGGGUCUGUCACAAGAAAAUGUAAGAGAAGGUCAGCAGUAGUUGGUUAAAAAAUGAUGCAGGUCAUUGACACCCCAGGUCUGUUUGAUACAGCAGUCACACAUGAGAAUAUACGGGAGGAGAUUGGAAAAUGCAUCACCAUGUCCUCACCAGGACCCCAUGUGUUCCUGCUUCUGAUCUCUGUUGGACGCUUCACCCAAGAGGAGAGAGACACGGUGAAGAUAAUCCAGGAGAUCUUUGGUGAGUAUUCGAAAGCAUACACAAUGGUAGGAUUCACCAAAGGAGAGGAACUGAAGGAAGAGGGCAUUGCCAUGAAGACAUACAUUGAAAAAAGCCCAGCUGCUUUAAAGGAGCUCAUGGAGGACUGUGGUGGUCGGUACCAUGUCUUCUGUAACAAGGACAAAGAGACUCGGGAACAACAGGUCUUAUCUCUCCUGGAGAAGACUAACAGAAUGAUUCAACAAAAUGGAGGAAGCUUCUACACCACCGCCAUGUUUGAGGAGACAGAAGCAAAGAUCAGAGCAAGAGAGAUGAGACUGCUACAGCAGAGAAUGGAGGAACUGGAGCAUGCAAAUGAAGACAAAGACGUCUCUUUUUUGGUCAAUGAAUUAUCCAAGAUCAAGCUGGCACUGGAGAGGAAGCUCAGGAACCUAUGUGAUGAAGCUGUCAAGGAGAAGGACGAAGACAUGAAGAAACUCGAAGAGUUACGAGCCGACCUGGAGAAGAACCACGAGAAGAAGAUCAAGGAAAUAGAUAGCAACAUUUUCUCUGAGCUCACCAAAAGUCGCGAUGAAAUUCGCAGACAAGCGGAGAAAGCUGAAGCGAAAGCCAUGGCUAAGACCUUACAGCACAACCAGCAAAAAUGCACUAUAUCUUAAGAAUAGUCUGGAUGGGUGAGAAAUGAAGGAGAAAGUAAAGAGUGCCAUUUCACUAUUAGAGAAAGAGGCCAAAGAUCUUCUUCUAAUACUAUCAAGAUAAUCAUUAUCUUAAAGGAAAAUUCCGGUAUU